GUCGUACGCUCUUGUUUGCACGCGCGGUCUGUCGUGUUGUUUGUGUAGGUGUACAAAAUAGAGCUAUUAUGCCGAUUAACAACUAGCGUUUGGUAACGUUUUUCUACUAGUACAGUGCUAAGAUAAGUUUCCUAUUCGUUCAUCGUUUGCGAACUAUACAUGACUAGUCUACUGCGAGACAUAGGCCUCUCCCGAGGUGCGCCACCCGGUCUUCGGCUACACGCAUCCAGUUCCUGCGUACCAGUACCUACUACGUACACAAACGUAUUUGUUUAUCUAGACCUAAGAGAUAGUAAUGUUAUCAUUUAGUGACUAUACCUUGGGAAUAUCAUUCGGUUAGUUGAGGUUGAAUGAAGCGCGAGUGAUUUAAGUAAGACGAUUCAUUCUUACAUUUUAUAAUGAAUUUACUGUGGUGCCUUAUUUACAUUUGUCUAAUAGGAGUUGAAGCAUGGAGUGAUAACAAGCGAAGAAAGUUUAGUAAUGAUUUCAAGUUUGGUGUGUCAACAUCUGCAUAUCAAGUGGAGGGAGCCUGGAAUGUUGAUGGAAAAGGUGAAAGCAUCUGGGAUAGAUACUUCCAUGAUAAUCCUAAUGUGAUUACGGAUGGUAGAAAUGGUGAUGAGGCUUGUGAUUCCUACCAUAAGUAUAAAAGAGAUGUUGAAAUGCUGCGAGAACUUGGAGUGGAUUAUUAUAGGUUUUCUAUAUCAUGGCCCAGGGUUCUACCUUCCGGGUUCCCCAACGAACAAAACAAGCUGGGCUUCCAAUACUACGACAACUUGAUCGACGAACUCUUGAAAUACAACAUAAUGCCCAUGGUGACACUCUACCACUUCGAUUUACCUCAGAAGCUGCAAGACUUGGGGGGUUGGGCGAACCCACAUUCCGUCGACUGGUUUGUGGACUACGUAAGGGUCGUAUUUGACAGAUACGCGAGCAAAGUCAAACAUUGGAUAACAAUUAACCAGCCGAAUUCAAUUUGCACGUCUGCUUAUGGUGAAACUGCGAUGACGCCUGAUUUAAAUAAAGGCAUUACAGAGUAUCAAUGUACAAAAAAUAUUCUACUAGCACAUGCCAUGGCUUACAGACUUUACCAGAAGGAAUAUAAAAAUAAAUAUAAAGGAUCCGUUGGUAUAUCAAUGUCACUAAAUUGGGCAGACCCAGUUGAUAAUAGCACGGAGAAUGUAGAGGCGACGGAGGUAUUCCGGGGAUUUAAUAUUGACCUAUUUCUGAAUCCAAUAUGGUCGAAGAACGGUGACUUCCCGUCUAUAGUCAAGAAAAUCGUGGCCGAGAAGAGCAAACAGCAGGGCUUUAGUAAAUCUAGACUCCCCGUGUUAAGUCCCGAGGAAAUCGAACUGCUGAGAGGUUCGGCAGAUUUUCUAGGCGUUAAUCACUACACGACGGACUUGGUGAAAGCCUCUGCCAAAUAUAUCCAUUCGCCGUCGUUCGAAAACGAUGUCGGCGUUGAGAUUGUGCUUGACGAGAAGCGGAAUCAGUCACAGCCCUCGUGGCUUAGAAGCGCUCCAUACGGUCUGUACAAAUUAUGUAUAUAUAUAAACCAAAAUUAUGACUACCCAACUAUAUAUAUAACGGAAAACGGCUGGUCGACUAAGACGGGGCUGUGGGAUCGAAGCCGGGUGGAGAACAUGAGGCUAUAUCUGAACGCGCUACUUCUCGCUAUCGAAGAUGGCACGACUGUUAAAGGAUAUACAGUUUGGAGUCUAAUGGAUAACGUGGAGUGGCAGGCUGGUACAAGUGAACGAUUCGGCCUGUACGAAGUUGAUUUUGAUUCGAGAUAUAAGAAAAGAACGGCGAGGAUGUCAGCUCUCGUGUACAAACGGAUCAUUCAAUCGAGAAUCGUGGAGAAAGACUGGGAACCGAGGAAUUUAUAUAUUAGCUCACAAUACUGAGUCGCGUUGUGAUAUUAAUAUACUUCCCUGUCCAUGAAAAAUACACAAUAGUUAAUAAAACAAUAUAAAUGUUCAUAUAUGACUUACCUAACAGUGAAAUAGUUAGUAUAUUUUCUAUAUUAUUAGCAAAUGAUGAUUAAUUUAUGUUAUAAUAUACACUACUGUUAAUUU